GCGCUGUAACCUAACCUGUCAGUGGCAGAGCAGCGUAUCCGCGGCCGUGAGCAGUUUUUUUUGGAGGACGUACGUUGGUUUCGAUUGCUCGUGCGAUCUCGCCGUGUUCGUCGCGGCGACGCAGAGGCACCGGGCGACGAGUCCCACGUCAACUGUGUGGUACGCGACGUCGACGACGCGACCGUCUCGACGCUCGCCGUAAAAGCGAAACUGUCCAGACGAACUAGACACCGCGCUUUCACACGAGAAUCGUCCCUCGCUAGUCGCUGCCUGUUAUGCGGUGGUGAACGUCGAUAGAAAUUGUUGUAGUACAGGGUAACAGUGACGCUCACUCGACAAGCAUACAGAACCAGGAUGUCUGGACAUCGAGGUGGAGGGGCUGGAAGUCAUCAAGGUGGUCCUCCAGGCCUGAAGCAGAUUGAUCUGGAUCAAAUCUGGGGAGAUCUGCGCGAGGGUAUAGAACAAGUGUACAACAGGCAAUGCAUGUUCAAGCAGCGAUACAUUGAGCUGUAUACACACGUAUAUAAUUAUUGCACGAGUGUUCAUCAGCAGCUGAACAGAGCAUCAACUAAGACUAAAAAGGGACAAAUUCAACAAGGAGGUGCCCAGUUAGUAGGGCUGGAGUUAUACAAACGCCUGCGCGACUUCCUUAGGAAUUAUCUCAUUAGUUUACUUAAACACGGCAUUGAUCUGAUGGACGAGGAUGUGCUGCAAUUCUAUACGAGACAAUGGGAGGAGUAUCAGUUUAGUAGUAAAGUGUUAAAUGGCGUGUGCGCUUAUCUUAAUCGUCACUGGGUACGCAGAGAGUGCGAGGAGGGGCGCAAAGGAAUCUACGAGAUAUAUCAAUUAGCCCUGGUUACUUGGCGAGACAAUUUAUUUAAGCAUUUAAACAGACAGGUGACUAAUGCAGUGCUCAAAUUAAUCGAACGAGAACGUAACGGCGAGACGAUAAAUACUCGAUUAGUCAGUGGUGUUAUCAACUGUUAUGUAGAAUUGGGUCUGAACGAAGAAGACCCGGGUGCCAAGGGACAAAAUCUAACAGUGUACAAGGAUUCCUUUGAAAAUAUUUUCCUCGAAGACACGGAACGCUUCUAUACUCGUGAAAGUUCAGAAUUUCUCAGGCAGAACCCAGUGACGGAGUAUAUGAAGAAGGCGGAACAGAGGUUACUGGAGGAGCAAAAGCGAGUGCGCGUCUAUUUGCACGAGACCACUCACGAGCGACUUGCGAAGACGUGCGAGCGAGUACUUAUCGAAAAGCAUCUUGAUAUAUUCCACUCGGAGUUCCAGAAUUUGUUGGACGCCGAUAAGAACACGGAUCUAGGUAGAAUGUAUCAAUUGGUUGCGAGAAUACCGAAUGGCCUUGGAGAGUUGAGAAAUCUCUUGGAGAGUCACAUAGCCAACCAGGGAUUGGCGGCUAUAGAUAAAUGCGGCGACUCGGCAGUUAAUGACCCGAAAAUUUAUGUGAAUACGAUCUUGGAGGUGCACAAGAAGUAUAAUGCUCUAGUGCUGGUGGCAUUUAACAACGACAGCGGUUUCGUGGCGGCCCUGGACAAAGCCUGUGGACGGUUCAUCAACAGCAAUUCCGUCACUAGGGCGGCAAACAGCAGUAGCAAGUCGCCGGAACUGCUAGCUAAAUACUGCGAUCUUUUGCUGAAAAAGAGCAGCAAGAAUCCGGAAGAAGCGGAGCUCGAAGAUACACUCAACCAAGUUAUGGUAGUGUUCAAAUACAUCGAGGACAAGGAUGUAUUCCAGAAAUUCUACAGUAAGAUGCUGGCGAAACGGCUGGUGCAACACAUGUCUGCCAGCGACGACGCCGAGGCUUCCAUGAUCUCGAAAUUGAAACAGGCUUGCGGAUUUGAAUAUACCUCGAAGUUACAACGCAUGUUCCAGGAUAUUGGUGUGUCGAAAGAUCUAAAUGAACAGUUCAGGCGGCAUUUGUCAAAUUCCGCUGAACCGUUGGACAUCGAUUUCAGCAUACAAGUUUUGUCCUCUGGUUCGUGGCCAUUCCAACAAUCCUUUACAUUUUCAUUGCCAACAGAGCUAGAAAGAUCUGUACAUAGGUUCACCACUUUCUACAGUUCGCAACACAGCGGCAGGAAGUUAAAUUGGCUGUACAAUAUGUCUAAAGGGGAACUACACACAAAUUGUUUUAAGAACAGAUACACGUUGCAAGCAUCGACCUUCCAAAUGGCAGUUUUGCUAGCGUACAAUGGAUCUACGUCGUGGACAAUACAACAAUUGCAGUAUGCAACACAGAUAAAGAUGGAUUUUUUACUACAGGUUAUUCAGAUACUUUUGAAGGCCAAGCUUUUAACUGCAACUAGCGAUGAUGUAGCUGAACUGACCCCGCUUUCGACGGUAGACCUUUUUAUAGGAUAUAAGAACAAAAAAUUAAGGGUAAAUAUUAAUAUACCGAUGAAGACGGAACUAAAGGUUGAACAAGAGACUACCCACAAACACAUAGAAGAGGAUAGGAAACUUUUAAUUCAGGCAGCAAUCGUUAGAAUUAUGAAAAUGCGGAAAGUAUUGAAACAUCAACAAUUGGUAGCUGAGGUGUUGAAUCAAUUAAGCUCUAGGUUCAAGCCGAGAGUACACGUCAUUAAGAAAUGUAUAGAUAUUUUAAUUGAAAAAGAGUAUUUGGAACGCACGGAGGGUCAAAAGGAUACCUACAGCUACUUGGCAUGAUCAGUCGAUCUAGGACAACGAUACAGCAGCAACCAUACGC